AUGGGUGCCCACACCGGCAACCGCCGUUGCAGCCCGUCAACAUCGACGGCGAGGAGAAGAACGAGGCCGCCGGCAUCCUCCGCCGCCGCGGCCGCCAGAAGGCCGUCGUCGCCGACGACGAAGCCGAUAAGCAAGGACGAUGCCGCGGAAGGCAAGGCGAGGACGAAGCAGGCCUGCAGCAGGCGACGGGACAUGGAGGUGAGGAGGAAGAUGGAGGUGCUGAGGCGCCUCGUGCCGAGCGGCAGCGGCCGCGGCGGCGACGACGAGGUCGACGAGCUCCUCCUGCGCGCCGCCGGCUACAUCGCGCGGCUGCAGGCGCAGGUGACGGUGAUGCAGUUCAUGGUCGACGUGCUGGAGGACACAAAGCAUUAA